AUGAACAAUAGCAAUAAUCUAACUACAACUGCUACGACAGUUUCUCAGCUAUUACAUGGAUUAGAACAUGAUGAAUCGGUUAGUUCAGCUUCUGCAGCUGUUGAUGAUGUUUCGAGUAUAAUGAGAAAUCCAUGGGAUCCAUUCCAUUGUGCCGAUUGGGAUAUGCAACAGCCAAGUGCAACUUGUAUAGCACGAAUAAAACGAGAUAUAUGGAGUGUAUUCAAAGAUCCUCCACCGGGCAUGUUUAUUGCACCGGAUGCUGAUAAUAUUACUAAAAUUCAUGCCCUGAUUGUUGGUCCAUUUGAUACGCCAUAUGAAGGUGGAUUUUUCUAUUUCCUCAUCCGUUGUCCUCCUGAUUAUCCUAUUCGAGCACCUCGUUGUCGUUUAAUGACUACAGGAAAUAAUACAGUUCGUUUUAAUCCAAAUCUUUAUCGUAACGGUAAAGUUUGUCUAUCCAUUCUUGGAACAUGGAGUGGUCCGUCAUGGUCUCCAGCUCAAUGUAUAUCAUCUCUACUUAUAUCUAUUCAAUCAUUAAUGUCGGAAAAACCAUAUCAUAAUGAACCCGGUUUCGAACAUGAACGUACAUCAGGUGAUUCAAAAACUUACAAUGAAAUAAUAAAGCAUGAAACAUUACGUGUUGCUGUAUGUGAAAUGCUUGAAAAUGAAUCAUCAUGUCCGAAACAAUUACGUGAAGUAAUGAUCAAACAAUUUUUUGAUUUUUAUGAUUAUUAUACAGAAGUUUGCAUAGAAAAUUCAAAUAAAGAUGGACAAAAAAUGACGGAUCCAUUUGGUGAUCGUCGUGGUCAAUUUGAAUAUGGAACAAUAUUAAAACGUUUAAAAAAAUUAAAAACAGAAUUUGAAUCAUUACAAAAUUUACAUAAUAAUAAUGCAUCUUCAUCACGUUCAUCAACAUCUUCAAUAUCAAAACAUCAACAAAUCGAUGCACGUACUCGAGAAAUAAUGAAUGAUGCUGCUGCAAUUGAUCCAAAUCCAACAUUAACUGAUGCUUCAAAUCUUGAUGAUAUAUUUGAUCAUGAAGAUGAUGAUCCUGAUUCAUCAAUGGAUGAUGAUGAUGACGAUGAAGAUAUUCUCAAUAAUGAACAAGAAAUAACUGUUCCAGUAGAUGAAUCAACUAUUCAAACUACGAAACAGUCAAAAGAAGAAACUGCAAUAUAA